AUGCCUUAUGACUCUGAGGAUGAUGUUCUUCUGGCCAACUAUGUGAGUCAGAUUAGUCAUACUGAUGCACCUGCAAUUCGACAUUCGCCUGAUCUUCAGCAGGAGAGUGAAGUAGAAGAGCAAUGUGGCUCUCCUGUUCUUCAAGUUACAGAUGUAGAGCAACAGCUGUUUGAUGCUUUUAAAGACUUCACUCCCCUUCAAUCCAAUGAGAAGAUUGUCGAGACAAAAACUUGCGGGUCUCGCCCGCACGUCAAAUCGAAAAGUUACCGCAGGAUACGUUAG